CAGUGGAGAUUCGGUUCAUCAGAAAUCACUGGCAAUAAAAGGGAAUUAAUACUGUAUUUUUCAAUCAGAAAUUUUCUCUGUAGGUACAGCGAGUGAGGGUGCAGAAAGCUCAGAUAAAACCUUGUUGUCCCCACUGGAUGUCAUGUGCUGCUUUUCAGGUUUACAUCUUCUAUGCUAUGAGCAGGUGGCAAAAUAAAACUAUGGUGGCUGAUAUAGUUAACUGCCUAUACCUUUAGUUACCUUAUCUGUCCUGCUUCUGUGGCAGCUACAAAGAAGGUACCUCACUCUUCAGUCUGUGGCAUAGAAUUUUCUGCUGUCCCUCAUUUGAAGUAGCAGUUUGAGAGAGGGAUGAGCUGCAUAAAUACUGCGUGGUGCUUAGAGCCAAAGAGGUACAUGGUUUCCCUUGAGAGACCAGUUUUGCAGACUAAUUUUUGCCAGGUAAUUCUGAAGACAAGCUCUUUCUAGCUUUUAUUCCAUUUUUCCCUUGUAUGCUGAUGAAAGCAUCAGACCCAUCCUCUCAGCAAAAGCAGCUCAGGGUUGCAUUGUUGCAGUUACCCUUUAGCAGAGCCACAGAUACUGCUCUUUAGGAGAGCUUUUUAGAUUAAGCAGGAUGCAAGAUUUACUUCAGGGUAGUGAGGAUUCAUCAGUUCUGUGUAGAUGUAUUCUAGGAAAGGUGUGAGUUGUGGGCUGCUGACAGAAGCAUUUUUUUUUUAAGCAUCCUCCAGAAGACUUCCUACGAGAUGGUAGUGUAAAACUGUACAUGCACUCACUUUCACUCAUCAUUGAGUUUUCUUUGAUGUCUUUGAUCUGAAGUGUUUCCCUUUCAAAAUAUUUCUGGUGUUACUUUCCCUGAGCUGUUAAUUUGUAUCUUCUUAGUAUCAGUCUCCUUCAUUAGAGGUACCAGGGACAGGCAGAAUGCAUGGUUGGCCUUGAUGAUCUGAAGGCUCUUUCCUAACUAAAUGAUUCUGUGAUUCUCAGCGUUUUCUUAGAGCAAGUCCAGUGAUACUGAGAGCUUUUCCUUUUUAAAAAGGCAAUUAAUUAGAAAUGUUGUACUUCAAGCAGUAUUUUCUCAGCGUUAGAUUAUGUGGUUAUGUACUGUGGGCACUGGCUUGAGCAGGCUGUUAAAUAAGCAGUGAUCCAAGUGUCUUCUUGAGUUCUGACCAUCUGAAGCUGAACCUGUAAUACCUGCACAGAUGGAUGGUGAUAGCUCCACGACGGAUGCUUCUCAGUUAGGAAUUGCUGGAGAUUACAUUGGUGGCAGUCACUACGUGAUACAGCCUCACGAUGACACAGAGGACAGCAUGAAUGAUCAUGAAGAUACAAAUGGUUCAAAAGAGAGCUUUAGAGAACAAGAUAUCUAUCUUCCAAUUGCAAAUGUGGCAAGGAUAAUGAAAAACGCCAUACCCCAAACAGGAAAGAUUGCUAAGGAUGCAAAAGAAUGUGUGCAAGAGUGUGUAAGUGAAUUCAUCAGCUUUAUAACGUCAGAAGCAAGUGAGAGGUGUCACCAAGAGAAAAGAAAGACCAUCAACGGGGAGGAUAUUCUCUUUGCCAUGUCUACCUUGGGAUUUGAUAGCUAUGUUGAGCCUCUGAAGUUAUACCUCCAAAAAUUCAGAGAGGCAAUGAAAGGAGAAAAGGGAAUUGGGGGAACAGUUACAACUGGAGAUGGUUUAAGUGAGGAGCUCACAGAAGAAGCAUUUACUAAUCAGUUGCCAGCGGGCUUAAUAACUACAGACGGCCAGCAGCAGAAUGUUAUGGUCUAUACAACAUCGUAUCAGCAGAUCUCCGGUGUUCAGCAAAUUCAGUUCUCAUGAUUUGAAGAAAACUUUGGAUCUGGGAACGCGAGAUGCAGAAGCUGUGCAACUCUAAUGAAAAGACAGUUUUAAUGACUGGUGAAGAGAUUUCUCUCUUUGUAUAUUAAAUAGCUGUAAUGUAGCUACCUGAAGCUUGACUAAUUGAGGUAUGAAUUCAGACUCAAAUCUUUUUCAUGAAUAAUUUUAAAGAAACAAAUUGGAUUUUAAAGGUAUUAAAGUAUUUUUGUUUUGUACAAGAGUUUGUUGCUCUGUAUAACUCCUGUAUGCAUUGUAUAUUGCAAUUUAUUACUGUCAGAGAUUUGUAGACAGUUUCUUAUUUUCAUAUUGAAUCAUGUUACUUUUGUAAUUCAGGUAAACAGCUGGGUUAAUUCAUGUUUACCCUUUGAAUAAAAUGGUAAGGGUAAAGUUCA